UUCCUUUAUACUCCCGAGUAGUCUCGCUUCUCUCUUCUCUGUACCUCCUCUUAUCUUGUAGACCCCCAUCAGAGAGCACCAGAGCGAGAGCCAGAGCGAGCGACAAUGGCUGGUGCUAUUACCGGAUCAAGAGUCAGCCUGGGGCUGUCGUGCUCUACGACUAGGCUUUCUCGGAGGCCGAUAGACUCUUCUUCCCGAUCGACUCGUCGCUAUUGCGUGAAAAUGGCCGUCUCGCUCGACGAGAAGAAGAAGAAUUUCACUCUUCAAAAAUCCGAAGAAGCUUUCAAUGCCGCCAAGAAUUUGAUGCCUGGAGGUGUAAAUUCCCCUGUCCGUGCAUUUAAAUCGGUUGGUGGACAACCUAUUCUGAUAGACUCCGUCAAGGGCUCUCAUAUGUGGGACAUAGAUGGCAACGAGUACAUUGACUAUGUGGGUUCUUGGGGACCUGCUAUAAUUGGCCAUGCAGAUGACGAGGUACUUGCUGCCCUGGCUGAAACAAUGAAGAAAGGAACCAGUUUUGGUGCUCCUUGCCUGCUAGAAAAUAUUUUGGCUGAGAUGGUCAUCUCAGCUGUUCCAAGCAUCGAAAUGGUCCGAUUUGUUAAUUCAGGCACGGAAGCAUGCAUGGGUGUGCUCCGCCUGGCCCGUGCUUUCACCGGAAAAGAGAAGAUUAUAAAGUUUGAAGGCUGUUACCAUGGCCAUGCUGAUCCAUUCCUUGUCAAGGCAGGAAGUGGGGUUGCCACCUUAGGGCUUCCUGACUUGCCUGGUGUCCCAAAAGCAGCCACAUUUGAAACUCUAACCGCCCCUUUCAAUGACAUAUCAGCUGUGGAAAAACUCUUUCAGACCAACAAAGAAGAGAUUUGUGCAAUCAUCCUUGAACCUGUUGUUGGGAACUCUGGUUUCAUUGCUCCUAAACCUGCUUUCCUUGAUGCUAUACGCAAAAUCACGAAAGAAAAUGGUGCUCUUCUCAUCUUUGACGAAGUUAUGACUGGGUUCCGUCUGUCUUAUGGUGGAGCUCAGGAAUAUUUUGGUAUUACUCCUGAUUUGACAACUCUCGGGAAGAUCAUUGGUGGUGGUCUGCCGGUUGGUGCAUAUGGAGGAAGAAGGGAGAUUAUGGAGAUGGUAGCACCUGCAGGACCGAUGUACCAGGCUGGGACCCUGAGCGGAAACCCAUUGGCAAUGACAGCUGGCAUACACACUCUUAAGCGGUUACAGCAGCCAGGAAGUUACAAACACUUGGAUAAGAUCACUGGCGAAUUGGUUCAAGGUAUACUUGAUGCUGGAAAAAAAACUGGCCAUGCUAUAUGUGGUGGGUAUAUAAGUGGGAUGUUUGGGUUUUUCUUCACAGAAGGGCCUGUUUACAACUAUGAGGAUGCGAAGAAGAGUGAUACGGCCAAGUUUGCAAGGUUUUUUAGGGGAAUGCUGGAGGAAGGAGUAUACUUUGCUCCUUCACAGUUUGAGGCUGGGUUUACAAGCCUGGCACAUACUUCCGAAGAUAUCCAAAAAACAAUAGCAGCUGCUGAGAAGGUUUUACGGCAGAUUUAAUUUGUGUGAUCCUGGAUCUAUAGUCUUUGAGUUCUUCUCUCCUUGGUUUUUUUGUUUUUGUAGUGGUCGUCUCUGUAGCAUAGUUGGUGUUUUAUUGGUGGAUGGAUAGAGGAUCGUUUUCAGACGAUUACCUCUGUGAGAAGUUGAGAACUUGCACGUCUUACUUCCUGUAAACCUUUUGUACUUUGUAACUGUUUUGAGUGUAUUGCAGGUAAAAGCUUGUUUCCCAA